ACCCCAGUGCAGAGAAGGACCCCUCCCAUUAUUUUGAGGACCGGGUUGGCGCGACUGAAUCACUGCAGUCGGAUGGCAACCCGAGAUCUGGGCUUCGAAAGGCUCGUCAGGAGAAAGGCCGUGGAAACCGCCGGGACUUUGAGACUCGGUGGGCCCUACCCCGCUUCACUUCGGGUGACGGCGCUGUGACGAGCAACUGACAGGCGCAACGAAAGGCAGCCCUCUGCUGUCUGGAGAAAAGCAGAGGCCUGGGCUACCAGCCUCGGGAGGGAGCCGAGGGCAGUGUUUGGGGCAGCGGGUCACAGCGGCUGAAAGCGCGCGUGGGAAGCGGGGGUUCUAGGUGCAAGAAGAGUUUCGGGAUGUCAGAGAAAGAUGUCUCCCGGAAGGAGGCAGGCUAAAGCGUGGGUACCACUACCUGCCUCAAGACAGGUGGGAGAGAAGGGGAUGAGGCUGUUGUCAAAGAUCCAGGGUCCCGCGCUCUGAGUUCAGGGAGUUAGUUUGAUGUAGGAGGCAUAGGUCAGAGGUCUCACGCAAGUGAGAAGGCUCUAAGGGGAGUCACAAACCGGGGGAGUUGAAUCUUCUGGGAGGACUGAAUCUUCUCUAGCGAGCUGCUCUAUCAGGUUAGAAUUCAAGGAGAUGUUAUCUCGUGGGGGGUCGGCCAAAGGCUGGCAAAGCCAAGCCUGUCAAAGGUCAUAGGAUUGGCGGGCCCUCUAAGACUCGCUGUAGAUAAGCGACUUCACUUGAUUUACUGUUCUGUCAUGCGUGCUCCUCUCUUGACCAGAGGGGUCUCAGUCACCAUGGAGGACCGGCACCCCAAAGAGACCAUGGAGCAGCAGGAUUCGUCCAAGGAGAGAAGUCCCCAAAGUCCGGGAGGUGACAUCUACUCUGUGAAAUUGCCAGAGACCACCAGGAACACACCUGGAGUUGACCAAGUUGGGCUUAUUGCUCACUGCGCUGAGGAAGCACACAUACCGUGGGGCAUCUCAGUAAUAAGAAAGGACUUAUUACAGGAUUUAGGCUGUGGCCACUUGGGGGCCCUGCAGUGCACCCGCUGCCUCAUCACCUUCGCAGACUCCAAGUUCCAGGAGCGUCACAUGAAGCGGGAGCACCCAGCGGACUUCGUGGCCCAGAAGCUGCAGGGGGUCCUCUUCAUCUGCUUCACGUGCGCCCGCUCCUUCCCCUCCUCCAAGGCCCUGAUCACCCACCAGCGCAGCCACGGUCCAGCGGCCAGGCCCUCCCAGCCGGCUGCGCCCACCACCAUGCCACCCACCUUCCCCUGUCCUGACUGUGGCAAGACCUUUGGGCAGGCCGCUUCUCUGAGGCGGCAUCGCCAGGCGCACGAGGCCCACCCCCUUCCUGGCCCCUUCGCCUGCACUGAGUGCGGGCAGGACUUUGCCCAGGAAGCAGGGCUGCAUCAGCACUACAUCCGGCAUGCCCGGGGGGAGCUCUGAGUGUGGCUCCAGCCCUCCCUAGGGCAAUGGAAGCUCUGUGGCUGGUGGGACACCCAUCUGAUAUGGGACGGGAGGGAUUUACUUUCCUCCAUGGAAAGGCAAAGGACUCCUGAUCAAUAGGACCCAGAAGAUGCUCAUUUAGAGCUUAAGUCUUUGGAGGACACAAAAGCCUUCAGGGAAACAGUAAAAUCAAACAACAGUGAGAAAGAAAGAAAGAGGGCAAUUCGUUAUUUGUAUCUUCCUCGUUCCCAAUGAAAUAGUGUGAAAUCAUGACUAGCUGCAGGUUGUGCUAUCACCAUUAAUUCUUCCCAGAUGGAGGCAACGGGGCUGCAAGAGCCAAGGGCCUGGAUCUGGGCCUGAAUCGGGGAGGGAAAGUGAGGUGUUGCCUGCCUGUAAUGCCACCGAAUGGGUCCCACACGUGGAGCACCUUGAGCCUUUGGGGAUGGGACAGCAAAGUCGGAGGCUGCACUGAGUCACGUGAGGGUUGCAAUCUGGACCCUUGUCUCUUCCCACCCCCUGCCAGCCUUUCCCACUCAAGGUGGGGCCGUGGCAUUGGAUGGCUCUGCCUUCCUCCUCCCCAGAUAAUUUAUUGUUCAUUUUAAUAAUUUUAUGUACCAUUCUGGUCACGGAAUAUUUUUUGUAUGUGUAGGUGAGACGGCAUGAAUAAACUAACAGAAGUAGUAUCUGAAAACAAAAGGUCCAUAAUAAAAUGUCUAAACAAGGAA